AUGCCUUCGAGAAUUUUGCAUAUAACACGAGGAACACGAGUUAAAGACUAUAAGUUUGUAGGGAAAUUGGACCCGACGGAUAAUCAAAAGAAUGAGAAGGCGGUGCAUGAGACUGCGGAGUGGUUGGACGGGAACCAAUUGGCUGAAAUUGAUGAGCUUGAGGACAUGGUGGUGCUUGGUGGAGGUGAUACAUAUAUGGGCGGUGGCAUGCCCGAAGGUGGGUCUACUGGGUCUAAUCGGGGACCGGGGCCAAAGAUUGAGGAGGUUGAGUCGAAGUUAAAGCAUGGAGUAUUUGAAGAUCAAGGUAGUGUAGUCCUAUUUUGCUUCUUUGUUGUUAUAAGUUAG